AUCUUCAUUUGGCAAUUACAUUUGGCCGUGUUCGGAGGUGUCCGCGGAUAAAAAGCGCCAAAAAAGAAAAACAAACGUGAACGUCGCUACGUGAAUUAGUUAUCAGUGGGAUAACCACGAUUCGGGCGGAAUUAAAACCGAUCCAGUGCGUCGCAGUUCGGAGUGCUCGUAGUAACGGUAAAAAGGUGAAAAAUCAGCCAAGGGCGAGGUUUCGUACCCACACUCCGUGGGCAAGGUCAGCUCCAAAGGCCCCAUACGAACCAUAACGAUCCAUACCUCGAUCGCAUUGGGAAUGAAAUAUGCGCUGCACCAGACCAAAAUAGAUCGGCGGUGUGCUUUAAUUCUGAGGCACUGAACUUUACCGCAAAUACACUCGACCGAAUCGGUAUUGGCAACAGCUAUUAUAUCCCAAAAAUCAGAAAAAAUGCCGGAGGCACGUCAGGGGUGCAUUACAUAUGAUAUGCCUUCUCGAGCAAAAUAUGAAGGUCUCCCGACGAAGGCUUUCUUCGUGGGCACUGAGAAUGGAAACACUUGGAGAAGAGAGAACAGUGAUCUUGAAAGAAUCUCUAAGUCACCCCAACACGUAGAAGUAGACCAAUCGGUCAAGAGAAGGAUCAAGAACAGUCGCCUUAUCUCCUGUUGCUGCAUGCGCCACUCCACGCGGACAGUCGACAGCGAAGCCAUCCAGCUCGAAGGCGAGGCAAUCGUUGGCGAUCAGCAGGUGCCAGAGCACCAUCCACCACGGAAGCUGUCCAGCUCACUGCCAACCACACCGCAAUUGGGCCAACGGGUGGUGCGAGGACGUGGCUACAAGAAGCUCUCAUGGAAUGAGGAGCUGCCGCACCGGCAGCCAGGCGAAUCAUCAAUGAUCGCCCAGGGCCAGGAGGCCAGGGCCAAAUCGCCGCUCACCUAUCAGCAGCUCACCCACAACCACAACAACAAUAAUAAUAAUAAUAAUAAUAAUAUCAACAACAACAACGAUGAGGAGUACGAUCCCAUUGCUAAAUACUUUGCCAACACGCAGCAUCGAAAGCUAUCUCCUGGCAUCGCUGCGAAAAGCUCACGGAUUCUCUGCGAGAAUUGCUGUGGGGAGAGGCAGCAACAAGUUGGCAGCUCUAUGGACCGCCAAAAGCAACAGCAGCAGCAACGGCAGCAACGGCAGCAACAUCAGCAACAUUAUCAGCAGCACCAGCAGCAGCAGCAGCAGCAGCAGCAGAAGCAACAGCUGCCAUUUGGGGACUACGAUUCAGUGUCCGAUUUGUCGUCGUUUCGCUUUGUCUUCGAUGGGGAGGAAGUCGAUUCCACGAGGCGCGUAUUAGUCGAUGCUCAUUAUGAGGAUGCCGCUGACGACGACGAUGACGUUGCGCGGCCGCCGGUUAUAGAAAUAGAAAAGCGGCAGCCAAAUACAUCAACAACGAAAACGGAAAAAUCAACAGAGGCGGUAGCAACAACAACAGGAGCAGUGGGAGUCGCGUCAUCGCCAGUGUUGUCCCUGUCAUCUGAAAUCAGCGACGAGUCACCAGCAAUUUGUUGUUAUACAAUUGACAAAAAACUGUCACAGCAGCAGCAUCUACAACAGCAAUCGCAACAAGCGCAGCAGCAACUUCUCAUCCAGCAGCCGAAGCAGAAGCACCAUCAGCCACAGCAGCAGCAAAAUCAGCAGCAGCAACAUCUGCAACACUACAAUUCCUGUGCCACCGUUAGCUAUCGAAGCUAUCGUCAUCCGCCACCAGUUCCUCCAAAACCGCGUGCCUGUGCGGAUUCUUCAGUAUCCGAUGAGCCAGCUCUGAAGACUCGCCGUUUGGUUUGCCAGCAACACCAGCCACCUGCCAUCGCCUCGCACUAUCCGCCUCGAGUUUAUCCCGCGAACAGCUGUUGCAUCCCCAAGGACUAUCAUCCGAAUGCCUUCGAGGCGAACUUCAGCAACAACAUCAACUACAAUUGCCGUUUCGGAUCGAGUGGGGACUGCACUUGGGGAUUGCUGAGGGGGCCGCGAUCCCUAUGCUACGAUCGACAUGGACGCCUCACCUUCGACUCGGACCCGGAAGUGCUGACAGAAAAGAGCAACGGAGUGCUCAAGUCGCUCAGUGAAUCGCGUUUGCAAGUACAAUAUCACGGAGAGCCCAAAUUUCCGUACGAUCCGUACACCGACUUGUCGCGUGUGACCGCCAAUGUUAUAAACGAAGAAAGAAGCGACCGGGAUAGUUCGUUUUCUCUACCGCUGCAGCACAAUCGUGGCUGCAAUGCACUGGCCCAAGUGAAUACCAUAAACCAAACGAAUAAAAGCCAUCUAACACAAGCUAAGCGAAAUAACAUUCAUCUGCCCUGCCAUUGCGAUUUCCAUGUGGAUGCCCCCUUCGAAGUUAACAAGGAGAACGGGCACACAAUGGAGAAACGACGUAAUACCCUGGACCGCUUUCAGCGCCUCGGUUUCGGGCGUAAAUCAUCGCCAGCGGCCGCCGCCUCCGCCUCCACAUCCACGUCCACAUCCUCUUCUUCGCCAUCCACUUCCGGUCCGGAGAAGCAGCGCAAGACGUCGGAUCGUUCGGAGCGCCUGCGCGAGCUGACGGAACUUUUGCGGGGCGGUGGCGGUGGCAGCAGUUCGCGCGCCUCCUCCACGCCCACUCCGCCACCGCCACCUCCGCCGCCGGUGCCACCGCCCCGCAAACCCCGCACCUCGCAGCCACUGGAGCGCCAGGACACGGGCGCCAGUCAAACGUCGGAGUCCGAGGCGGGCAGCAUUCACCUGCGGGGGCCCAGCGAAGAAGCCACCACACGUCACAGCGGCGGAGGUGGUGGUGGUGGCGGCACCAUCAGCACCGCUGCCCGUCUGUUUGCCUCCCUUCGACCAAACACGAGUCUCUCCAACCUGGAGGCCUUCAUGUUGAGCAACCGCGAGAAGUCCAAGUCCCCGCCCCCACCUGCGCAGCAGAAUCAGAAUCAGAAUCAGCAUCAGCAUCUGAAUCUUCGACCUGCGGGCAGCAGAUGCGUAGAUGCGUCGUCGGCCACUGGCAGUGCCAGUUUCGAGAGCACGGCGCUAGCAUCACGGUCAGACUCACGCAGCGCACACAAAUCGGCCCCAUUUCGAUCGGUCUCGUUCUCGCAGAUCGACUGCAAGUCCACGCUGAGCGCUCUGCGGGAUCGGCUGAAGCGUGACAAGGCCAUCGAGGCGCCCAGCCCCAGUCCCACGCCCUCCAAGGACGAUUUGGACCUCCACCCAGAUCCCGGCUGGGUGCGCAUUCCCCUGAAAAAGGCCGAGCUGAGCAUCAACCUGAAUUACGGGCAGGAGAAGUCGCUGGACCACGACGCCAUCCAGGAGGAGGACAUCUUCAGCAACGAGCUGGCGGCCAGUGGCAGCUCGGGCAUCCUCUUCCCGGUGGCCACCGCCAGCAGUGUGAUAGCCGCUCACGCCACCAUGGAAUCGCUAACGGACACCAUUCAAUCGGAGACCGACUGUCUGAUCAAGGAGGAGGAGCAGCCGCAAUUACCACCGGCACUGGAGAUUACACCGCCCACCUCAUCUGUCAGUGGCAGUGCCCCCAAUCUGGCCUCCCUAAUGGAGGAGCAGCUGCCACUGGAGGCACCGCCGGACAACUUCCUGCAAACAGCCACCACCUGCGAGAUCCCAGUGCCGGUCUAUGAGUGUGCCGCCCAGGAAUGGCUGGAGACUCCGGCCCAGGAAUGGGUGGAGGUGGCGCCCGAGGAGUUUGGCAUUGUGCCGGAGACCAUACAGCCACCCAUUCCGCAUGCAGCCUGCAAAAUCUCCCAAACGCCUUCCACUCUGACCACAGCUGUGAGGAGUGACCUGGUGCCCACCAUUUCCGUGAGUCGAUCUUCGGAGGAGGGUGACGAACUGGCCAAGAUCGAGGAUGUGCCGCAAGUGGAGGUGGCCACUACGGCCAGGAAUCCGCCAAUAGAGCAGCACUGCAAGCAGUAUAGCCACGAUGAUCUAGAUUUGACCAAUGUGGAUCUGAGGAGCUCCCUGGAGGCCAUAGCUACUCCUCGACACAGUACGGAUGAGCGGCAGCGAAGGCACCUGGAUAAAACCACCAAAAGGAAAGGAAUGUACAUAGACAAUGCGGAUUGGCAAGCUCCCACGGAGGCACCGAAUCGUGGCCUAGCACUGGACAUCAGUGUGGCCAAUAUGAAUGCCAUUAAACCCGAAUCCCCAGAUGCCAGCGCCUCCGGUGCAUCGCAGAUGUACAUCAGUAGCCCCCAGAGCUCUUAUUCCUUCGAAUUGAAUACCCCCGAGCUGGAGAAGGGUUCGCCGUCGUGGGGCAGCGGAGGACUGGGACGCGACAAGGCCCAGCUGCUGAGCAACUUCAGCUGCCACAGCAGCGAGGAGAAGGACGACGUCUCCAGUCGGAGCUUGAGCUUCCUACGCACCGAUUCCACCUCGGACAACGAGUGCGAUCGGGCGGCCAGAGAGCGGGAAAGGGAGCGGAUCACCUCAAGUCCCACGCCCAGCAGCGGCGACUACGAUUACAAGCGCUUCUCUAAGCGCCCGCUCAGGGGUCCCUACGGCCAAAUGCUGGAAGCGGAGAUGAAGAAACCCAACCGGAUGCACUUCGAGGAGAUCCUCGAGGAGCUGCGAGAGACGGACAGCUUACACCUGCGUGGAUCUGCUCCUGGUGGAGCAGUUGGUGGAUCAGGUGGUCCCUCCCGCAAUUUGCCGCAAUACUCCAACUCGAUGCGGGUGCGGAAGUCGAGCACCUAUCUGCCGGUGCCUUCUCAUGCUCGUGCGGCUUCCACGCCCUCGCAGCUGGAACACGGCAGCAAGGCCAUUUCCGCGGCCACCGCCCAGAUUUCCGUGUCCGCAAAGAAUCUAAGCGAGGCGGAAUUGGAUGACCAGGUGCACCAUAUGAAGCGCGCUGCCUCCGAAGCUCCUGCCCCCAAAUCGCACCACAGUAAGCGCAGCCAGUCGAUGAGCACGGAACGUCCAACUCACCAUCACCAUGGUCACAGUCACGGCCACAGUCACAGUCACACCCAUCACCAUGCCGCCAAGCGAAGCUUGGAUGCUGGGUCUAGUGAUAAGGCUUCCAAGCCGACUUCAUCAGCUGGAGGUUCUCCAGGAUCAGGAUCAGGAGGAGGCGCCAAGGGAGGCCUGAAACCAACGCCUGCUUUGUUGGCUGAGCUGCUAAAGGGUUCCAGCGAGAACAUGAUCUCCGAGCAGCGAAAGAAGACGAUAGCGGACACACGCACCUAUGUGGUGCAGGAGAUCUACCGCAACGAGCAGUCCUACGUGGAGUCCCUGCAGACCGUGGUCGUCAAGUAUUUGAAGGUGCUCAAAGCCCCUGAGCAUGCUGGCAUGAUAGACACACGCACCGUGGAUGAGAUCUUUUUCAUGGUACCCGACAUCCUCGAGAUACACGAGAAGUUCUUGGGCGACCUGAAGAACCGCUUGGACGACUGGGAUGUGCAGCAGAAAGUGGGCGAUGCAUUCAUGGACACGUUCUCAAAACUAGAGGUUCUAGAGGUCUACACAUCCUUCGUGAACAACUGCAAUCGGGCCAAGAAUGCCAUUCGCUCCAUGAAGCACCAACGACCCUCCUUUUCCAAGUUCCUUGAGUCGACAGCUCGAGAGCACAAGGGCAAGCUUACGCUGGACAAUCUACUCAUCAAGCCGGUGCAGAAGUUUCCCAACUACGAGCUGCUGUUCCAGCGAUUAAUAAAACACACUGAUCACGAUCAUCCAGACACAAAGCACUUGCAGGACGUGCUUAAGCUGGUGCACGAUAUUCUGGUCCACAUUAAUUGCAAGGAGCGCGAGAUCAUGGAGAACGGUCAGCGGGAAGCCACGCUCCGCGAACUGGAGGGCGUCAUCGAGGGAAUCACCGAUCUUAUAGCCCCCGAAAGGCAGUUCCUGCUCUUCGACCUGGUCUCCAUGCCAUCGGGCCAAGGGGCGCGCAAGGAUCGUGGCUUCUUCCUGUUCAACGAUCUGCUCGUCCUUACGAGCAUCAAGAAACGAAGCGGCACCAUCCGCAAGCCCAACAGCAGCAUCUGUCCGGGCACUGUGGCCACCACUCUGGACACCAACAAGUACAAGUUCCUCACCAAGAUCUCGCUGGACUGCCUGGAAAUUGUCAAAUCCAAAGACGAGAACAUCAAGCGUAUUGUUAGCGAAAUCGAGACUUUGGCCGAUGACUGCAAUAAGCUGCAGCAAAUCACCGACGUAACCGCCACCCUGAAGUACCCGCACCAGUAUCUGGAGGAUGUUAUCCGCGAUCUUCAUCGCGAAGUUCAGCGUCAGCUCUCCGAGCGCCAGACAAAUGACACUCAGCUAAAUAUGCUUGAGCUGACAGUCAGUUCACCGAAUGGCAACCAGAAGCUGACAGUGGUCUUUAGCAAGACGGAGAAGCGUACGCAGUGGGAGGAGAGCUUCAACGAGGCCAAGCAGAAACUGGCUGCCACCCUGGAGCGACAUCCCAUACCGGAGUUCCUCACCUCAAUACCCAUCCGCAAGACUCGAGCUGGCCUCCAGUUCACCUGUGCGGCAGCCACGCUGAGUGACAACCGGGAUGUUUGGGUUUGCAACAGCGACGGCUAUGUGGGUCAGGUGUGCAUCAUGUCGCUGCAUCCGGAACCGAAUGUCACCAGCUGCAAUGGUGUCUGCAAUGCCCGCAUCCUGUGCGUGGCCUCCGUGCCGGCGUACAGCUCGGCGGCGUCCAGUCGGAACAGCAGCGGCGAACAGCCAACAGGUGCAGGUGGUGGCCAGGAGGAGAAGGACAGGCGGGGCACUCCCCAGAGCUACACACAGCAGUUGCGUGACUACCGCAAGAGCAUAUCGCCCAGCUUCCAGAGUGCCUCCACCUCGGCAACGGCUACGCCCGAAAAGAAGAAGCUGACGCCCACGCCCACGCCCACGCCAGUUGCAAGUGGUGAUCCUGCGGAUGCGGCGGCCACGGGCAGCAGUGAUACUCAGCUGGAGCUGAACCUAAGCUCCAGCGACGACGAAACGGAUGCCGCCGCCGCCUCGCUGAACGUCGCCGGAAGCACUAGUGCAGGAUCUGGUGCAACUCUGGCGGAUCGUGUACCUAGUCCAGCGCCCUCAUAUCAUGGGCAUCAGGACUCCAAUCCCGAGGAGGGCGAGAGCAAUCAAUCAACCAUGUGGAUUGGCACUGAAGACGGCUGCAUCCACGUCUACAAUAGCACUGACAAUAUUCGCAUUAAGAAGAAUCGUAUCAAGAUCGAACACCAUUCAGCCGUCUAUUCCAUUUUGUACCUGGACAAUCGUGUGUUUGUAUCAUUAGCAAAUGGUGAUAUCUGUGUUUACCUGAGAGAUGGUGCCACCUCCUGGAAUACUUGCUCAUCGCAUUGCCUGUCCAUUGGCACGGUCACCAGUCCGGUGAACAAGCUCUUAAACGUCAACGGUCGACUUUGGUGUUCCAUUCAGGGAAUUAUCAAAGUGCUGGAUGUGGAGACUUUGACGGUCAUAAAUCAAAUACAGAUUUCAUCGGACUCGAAGCCAAUCACAAAUAUGACAGUCUCAAACAAUCAUGUUUGGAUAUCCAUACAGAACUCAGCACACAUUAAAUGUUUCCAUUCCAAUACCCACCAACUGGUUACCGAGGUAAAUCUCGCCCCCGCCGUAAACAAGAUGCUCUCCAAUUGCGAUGAGAUCAUCCGGCAGCACAAGGCCGCCUGUCUGCGGGUCACCUCGCUGCUGUGCUGCAAGGAUCUCAUCUGGAUAGGCACUAGUGCGGGCGUUCUGCUGACCAUCCCGGCGCAGGGUUACGAGAAGGGUGCCAUUAACAUAGUGCCGACAGGCAUUCCCCAUGGCCACACCGGCCACGUGCGGUUCCUGACCUUUGUGGAAACUACGGGACUCGAGGGAACUGCACCAAAUGCCGGAGGGCGGGACACAGGAGGCUCCACCAGCGAUGAGUAUACCAAACAGGGCUCCAUCAAGCAUUCAAAGUCCAAGUCCGAGACGAACAACACCCUGAUCAUCUCCGGUGGCGAUGGCUACGAGGAUUUCCGCAACUCCGGAGCCAACUCGCUGAGCGAGAUCGCUGGCCGCGAGGACAGCACCAACCAUCUAUUGAUAUGGCAAAUUUGAAGCAGAAGGCGUAAAAACCGCUGGAGGCUCCUGCUCUCGCGCUGGAAGAACAACAACUGAGAUCGCCUCAGUGGAUGUCCGAGGCCAGCGUUCGAGUGGAGGCAACAGCGGUUUUUAUGGGCCGAGCAUUAGUGUUAAUCGAGAUCCCCCGAGAUCUGCAGCAGCUGCUAAGCUGGAAAUUAGUAGGAUUAGCUGACGGACCUAACGGACUGAGGGACGAACCGGACGGAUGUACAGUUGAAUUUGGAUUGCUCGCAGAUUGACUUGUGAAUAUUCAACGUUUGGCAUUUUAUGUAUUUUGCGAGUCUUUUCUAGUGCCAAACAAAAAACACAAAUACAAAACACACACGACUCCUGCGCCAAAGCGAUUUGGGAAACACUUUCAAUGUACAUACAGAUCGCACCGCUGGAGGAGGACAGCUCGAUUCCGCGGCAAAGUACCACAGAUAGAUAUUUUUGUAUUGCUUAGCAGGCAGACUAAUUGUAAAUGUAAACCAUAUUCAAGAGUUAAGAGUUCAAGUCUAAGUUUGUUUGAAUUGAAUACAGGUCUAACAUAAAAAUCAUACAGAUAUACCGACUUACCCAGUGUACGAGUUUAUCCAUCUGAGGUUCGAUCCCCGCCCCGCAAUCCAAGCGCAUUAAUCGAAUUUAUAAUCUACAAUCCACUCAAGGGUCAUGUCACUUAUGUUCGCGUGUGGCUCCAACAAUGAGUACGCAUGCCCAGGAUAGGCUUGUAAAAAUCGUAGUCUAAGCAUCUCCCUAUUUUUAUUGUAUACAUACGCGCGUAAUAUAUACAUAUACAUAUAUAUUAAUUACUAUAACGAUAACUGAUUAAAUGGCGUUUAUAAAGUUUAUUGUAAAACCUAUUUCAUGCAAGAGAAUUGAAUAUGAAAAUUGCAAAUUUUAACAUAAAUACGAGUGAUAUUCAAGUUUUUGCUAAAGUUUUUUGGGCAUGUACAAAACGUUAAACCUACACUAAACACUCACACACCCCUCCCCCGAACACCAUCUACUUAAAAAUACAUAUAUUUUUUCUAAUUGAAUACUAUUUGUAAGUUGUGCGCACCGGAAAUGAAGCAACUCAAGCGACCCAUCAAUUGGCGGUCGCCGUCUCAAGCUCGAUCGUCUGUCUAAGGUAGCAAAUUGUAAUAAUUUAAGUAUGAAUAUUUAUAUGUUAUAGUCUUGUUGGUUAUUAACAUUAAUCAUUGUUCAGUGCAGUAUUUCAAGUGUAUGCUAAGCUCUUUGACCACCUACCAUCUACCACCACCCUAAGCCACUAAACCACACAACACCGAACCACCGAAAGCGGUUUCAUCUGUUAUUUGGGUGGACAACGCAUCCUAUGAAAUGUAUGAAAUGCAUUUUCUCAUAUUCAGUGAACAUCUGACAAUUGUUAUCCUACCUCUACGAAUACCAAGGUGUUAAAUAUAUACUUAUAUACAUUAUGCUCGAGGUGUUGCUCUCACCCGACAUAGAAUGAUCCGAAAAUGGGUUAGGAGUGGAGGCCGGAGCAAAAACAGGAGCACAAGCUGGCGCAAAACUCCCUAAACGAGCUGUAAUAAUAGAAUCUAAAACAAUAAUUCCCCCCUUUGCCAAGCUGCAUUGUAAGGUUCAAUAAUAAAUUGUAAAUGUGUUAAAGAAAUAAAUAUAUAUAUAUACUUAUAUGGAGGCGUAAGCAUGUAUUAUGAUUAUGUUUGUAUCAUCUACUAUAUUAAAUGGAAUCUCUAAGCCCAACUAAA